AUGAAUAGACUCCUACCAGCCCUGCUGUGCAUGGGGUCCCUCGCCAUGCGGCCGCAGAGUGAGACGAGAGAUCCGGCUGAUGCUGAAACCCUCAUCGACCCCUCGGAUCUUGAGGAUCCCACUGCGCCAAAGCUGGCCCCGUUUGAGCUGGAUGUGAUCAUUGACAACGAAGAAGCAGUUCUCCAAAAGUACGAGGGACGCGUUGCUGGAACUCUGCUCUACGACGUUGUGCCCGAGCAAGACAGCUUGGAUAGUGCUGCUUCUGCAGUUGCCGCUGACUUGCAAGAGCGACUCCAGAAGGAGUUGGGCACUUCAUGCGUGAUUCAGAAGGAAGGAACUCAUGGUAAAACCGUGAAGCUCGUCAUGGAACUUACAGGCUACAAGCUGGACAAUGUACUGCCGCCAAAGGUCGCCAAGGAUCUUGCUAGCGCCAUGUCAUCACUGGAAGGAGCAAUUCUUGCUGUCGGGGGGGUGCAAAGCGUGUACGAUGACGUACUAUCGAAAGUCAAGGCUUUCUUGAAAGCCAAAUGGGAAGAGAAGAUCCCACGGCUUGUGCAGGGAAAGCUUUUGGAGAAUCAGGUUGAAGCAAAUGUGGUGGCAAGACCAUGCAAUUUGAAGGUAUCACCUGCGCCUGUCCCACUGCCACCGGUUGCAGUGCAUGAGCCCACAACACCCUUCGAGACCUACCUUCGCGUUGAGAUCGCCGACCGCCUGCCGUUGGCCCGUUCUGUGAAUUCCAGCCUGCAAGCUGCAGACUUGCAGAACUUGACCCAGUCCAAGUAUUUGGCCUUGAUCAAGCCAAAGCUGGAGGAGAAGGUCGCAAGAGCUAUACGGGAACAGCUCGGAGAUGCUUUCCCGUUCCAAGCAGCCGCGGAGAGUGAUUCUGACUUCGGCCAGCAAUCUCGGCACAGCUUUUGGCUCGGGAUCAGAGUCUUCAACUUUGAGGAGAUGGCGGCAUUGAGGAAGGUCAGGGGCGAGACCUUCGCAGGCAACGUGCAGCGGCUCUUUGAUUUGCUGGAUUCAUUGCGAAGUUGUGGUGUUCCCGAGCUCGAUGGGGCAGACGAGACCAUCCACAGUUCUCUUCGACAUGGUCCGCUACGAGCCUUGCAUGCAGGCUUCGAGCAGAAGAUCCGCAAUCUCCUGGGUGUAGAGCUCCAGGCCGUCAGCGCCGCUAUCCAUGGAAACUUGCAGAAGUUGGCAACAGAGGGCGUGUGCUGCAGAAGUGAAAGGAGGUCCAGAGGGGGCGUGAAGCCGGAUGAGGUCUUCUGGGUGACCGCCGAAGUGAGUGAUGGAGACACGGACAGCACGCAUAACGGCUACUGCCCUUCUAUCCUAGUGACUCUCAACCCGCCAUGUGUGUCAGAACCGAGCUCCAGAGUGGGCGUCGUGGCAUUGCACCACAGGCCAUACACAGAAUGCUUCAACAUGGCGGCGCUCCAGGAUUUCCGAAAGGCGGUGGAGAGGACGGCGCCCUUGGUAUCAACCACCUGCUAG